UCUUCAAUUAAACACGAGGCCAUUUUUAUGAUAACUUGACCUAGUGUACGACCAUCUUUCCUAUCUCUUUCCCUGACCACCAAAUGCAUUCAGCUUACCCGCAGCCUAACUUCCCUUACUAUGGUCAGCCAUACCAUACAUAUUAUCCUCCUGGCUAUCCGCACCAACAGCAGCGACAACCUUUUCCUACAUCUGAUCCAUACAGUUCUCCACCAUGGCCUCGAGAAAAUUAUCAGGCCACUCAAUAUUCACAAGGUCACCUCGAGCCAAACGCACCAUUCAUCCCGCCAAGUUCUGAGCCGACUCCACAUGCACCACGAGUCAAGCGCGCUAGUACAACACGUCCAAAGCCCUCAUAUAACCCCGAGAAGGCCCAGCUCAAGUCCGCGAUGAAGAAGAACGGUGGUCUUCGCCGUUCAGAGACCAUUAGCGCCGCCCCACCCCCUUUGGAGCGUACUCGAACUUCUUCUAGUGCACGCCAGCGCCUCGUGCCCAUGACACGCGCCACGGGGAUGAAACACUUGUUUGUCUCUUUUCACGGCGCAAACGAGCUCCGCAUGGGCAAUGUCGCCUUUCAAGAUACCAUGGAAGAGAUAAAGGAGAAUAUUAUUCCUAUGUGGCCACACGGUGUAUCCUCAGCCAUUCCCAUUCAUCAAGCAUUUCGUAUUCUGUUUAACAGAAAUCCUUGGACUGCGAGUGGAAUCGAAAGCGUGAUCGCACAAAAAAUGAUAUGCGAACUCUUUACCUGCCUCGCACACAACGGGUAUCAAUACCGUACCUCUCUCAAUACGGGCUAUUCUUAUCCUCAGUUGGUAUUUCAAGAUAGCGGACCUGAUGAACACUGCGACUUCUUUGCCGCGCAUAUCUCGCGUUCAGGACACAGGAUGACCCUCGUGCGGCCGCCGCGGCGUGUCGGGGAGCAGAUUGGUCCGCGUCUCCGUGCUGCAUGGCCAUUUAAAAUAGCUGGAGAUCGAACAAGUGCAGAUGAGAUCUACACAAUUGAGCUUAAAAGGAAUGCAAUUGGCGCUCCUGAUUUAAGCAAAGACGUGUUUGCAGCAUCUGCACUAAAGGAAAUUAGUACUAUGGGGUAUAAGCUUGAAGCUACGGUUGCCCUUCCGCGGACAGGGAUGCUUGGGUUUGGGAAUAAGAAGGAGAUAUGGAUAUUUCGUGGGACGAGGAUGCGUUCGCGCGCCAAUUCCCGUGCUGGUUCCCGUGCUGGGCAGAACAUCGAUCACUAACAGGAUAAACGGGCCAACGAACGACGCAUCAUCUGUGAGAGAGUCCAUCUCAACGACGGGGUGUAACGAUAAGAAACGACAUGCUCAUGAUGUAUAACUACCGUAUGUAUUUAUAGUUUUUAAUUGGAUGUGGUUAUAGUAAA